AGAAAAGGCACUCGGCAGUUAACGCUGUGGUUUGCGAACUACACAUUUUGUAGCAUCAGUCAGUGAUAUGCCUUGAAGAAAGAUUAUCGAAAAUAUAAGAUCAGCACGCCGGUCUCAAACGUGCCCUAUGUUAAUGUACUAACUUUGAUCGAAGCAGAAAAAUAAAGUUAUGGAACAGACGGAGACAACUAGAGACGAGACAGAAGAUAUACUAGCCAAUCUUUGUGAAUCAUAUAAGGCGGACUUGAAAAAAUUGAAUGGAAUUAGAAAUUCUAAGGGAAAAGACAGGAACAGUCGUCCGAGUUUCCUUCCAAUGGCAAAGAAGAUCUUUGACAGCGUAACAGCAGCUAGAAUCCCUGCUCUAUAUUUGGCGCUUUUCGAUGCUGUGCCAAAAUUUGCUGCUGAACAUGCUGUUGACCUGGAAUGCGAAACUGGGAAUGGAGGCAAGACUUUGAUCAACAUGGAGGAACUGCUGUUGAACAUAAUUGUACCUUAUCAGCUCCCACAUUCUGUGAAAGCAACAUCCCCUAACCAUACUGAUGGUCCAACCAGUACCAAGAAAAAUUCCAAGGCUGUUCAAAUUGUCCAGUUACCAGCUCGGGCUCGACUCGAGAUGGAGCAUUCUAUAGCUUUGAUCAAGCACUUUCUUCCCAUUCGGCUUCCUCCAGAAACAAAAGUAUGGCGGCAAAUUCGUUAUAUACUCGUCCCUUCUAAUAAUAAGGAAAAGCUUCGAUUGUUGGGGCCAGAAAUCUCGCAAGCGUACACAAAUGGAACCAUCAGUUUUUCCGCCUUAACCUUUGUAAUGAGAGACGAUCUGUUGUGUGAAUUCAUCGGUGAACCAGAAGCAAUUCUUUAUGCCCUAUACUUGGGUCCGCUAGGUGCGCCGACAGUUGAGGCUUUUGCUUCUGGGAGAAGUGCAGAUUUUCGUAAGCAAUGUCGUGCAGUGUUGGCAAAUGCGGAAGAGGCAGCAAAAUCUCCGGAGGCCUUCAGUUCAAGGAAACCAUCACGUAUAAGCGAUAGCAAUCCUGAACUUUCCAGUUUUCUAGAUUUUCGACGAAAUGCGCAAUCGUUGAUGCGUGAUCUUAGAGGAGAGGUUAGAAAUGAUGCCAGUAUCCCAAUGGGAUGGGCUUGUGCUGCGUUGAAGAAGUUUGCAAGAAAAACAUAUAUUGAUAAGACAUGGAAAGAAGAGAAUCUCUAUGAAUUGAUAUGGACAAUAAUGUGUCAGCGUCCGAAUUUGAAAAAGUUCAUUUGUGAUUUGCUCGAGAAAGAUUUCCACGACUACGGUGCUGCUAGGUAUUGGCGCCGUAUGCAACCUGCACUUAUGCAUCGAACUAGCAUACGAAACAGAAAUGAGGCGAUAUAUGACCCACUCUCACCCACUCCAGAUUACUUGAACUUCCUCUCUGAUGUAAAAGAUAUCAUUUUUAUAUACACGGCUGCUGAUCUUCACUUGCUCUCCCUUGAACUGAAAAAACUCAAGAAUAAAAAUCCUGACAGUCAGCUUAUUGUGGGAUUGGAUGCAGAGUGGAGCGCGUAUGUUGCAAAUAGCAGGGCCACGAUCUUGCAGUUGUCACUUCGUGAUCGCAUUUUCAUCAUUGAUCUGGAAAAUCGGGCAGAACUGCCAGCCAGUGCUUUGCGAGAAUUUUUCGAAUUGUUGUUUCUUGACAAGGGAAUUCUCAAACUAGGUUUCCAGUUCAAUGAAGAUCUCGUGCAAAUGCGUGCAGCUGUGCCUCAUUGUCGAGCAUUGUUUGAGCCUGAAAAUGUUAUAUGUGUUGGAAGAAUGGUCGCAGAGCUGCUGGAGCGUACGGAGAAACUGGACGAUUGUGAGGCGAUUUUGAAAGAAGUACUUCCACCUGAUGUCUCCGCACGAGAUUUGGAGCAUUCGGAAAUUGUCGAUGAUCAUGCUGCAGAGACCGCUGAAGUAUAUGUAGCAGUAGUGAAAGCGCAACAAAAUGAAUCGGUAGUACAACGAACUGUCAACCGGGGCCUAUCCUACAUGUGUGAAAGAGUUCUUGGUCGUCCGCUAGAUAAGACAGAACAGUGUUCCGUAUGGGAUCGUCGACCACUAAGGUCAUCACAGUUAAGAUACGCUGCAAUGGACGCGUAUUGCUUGCUUUUGAUAUAUGAUGUGUGCUGUCGCUGGGCGCAGCGUUUAGAUGUAUCAAUCGAGGAAAUUCUGAAACAACAAGAACCUAUUCGAGUCUCACCGCCGCUUCUUAGCGACGAAUUUUAGUCAAUUUUGUCGUUUUCAGCAUAGUUCUUUUCAUUCACUUACUCAUACCAAUAUUCUCUAGAAUUUGUGUUCGUUAUCGUUGGUUUGUACUAGCAGGUUUAGUACCGUGUUUCGUUCACUCACUGUUUUUUUCACCGUUUCUGUACUUUUUAAGUGAGUUUAUAUUGUACAAGCGUAGUAAUUUGAACUUGUCUGUACUCUGUGUUGUUUGUGAAUCUGAAUUAGAGCUGAUAGCAAAACGGCAGAUUGUGGGAAAUUGUAUCAAAGAAACAUUCUCUAUUCCUGAGCCUCUUUUGAUAGAUAUCAUCACUUUUGUCCAGGUUUUCCUCAUUGAGCGUCAUACAAAUGAAAUUUUUGGACUGA